AUGCUCGGUCGCAUCCUUCUCACCCUCUCCGCCCUAAGCCAAGGCAUCUCCCCCUUCAUCGCCGACUGGAACGAAACCCACAUCUACAACCCACGCUGGCCACCCCACGCCAAAUUCCACAACGGCCAAACAAUGUCUAUGGGCAUAUUACUCUGUCUCGUAACCCUCUACUACACCUGGCGCAUCCCUAUCACUCCAUCCGUAAACCCCAAAGCCAAAGUCGAGAAAAAAGAGCAAGAGUCUGAGACAUUGGAGUCGAGGAUGAGGAAGGAAGUGGGGAAGGAAAUGACGAGGGAUAGUAUGGUUACGGCGGCGAUUACGGGGAGUUUGUAUUGGAUUGCGGGAUUGAGUGCGAUUUUGUAUCCGGGGAGUAGAGCGACGGAUCCGGAGUUUGGGGAUGGAUUUCCUCAGGCGGUUAUUUUUCCUUUGUUUGGGGGUAUGGCGGUUGCGGGGGCUUGGUUGGAGGUUAAGGGGUUGAGGGGGGCUUGA